AAGUAAUUUUUGUCUAUGUUUUGCAUGGAGAUGCCCUUACGUAUCCAACGGAAAAUCAACAUGUUCAGUGGUAUUCGACUGGCCACACGGCUCAGUGAUGUUUUGUGUAGAAAGCAGAAUGUGAAGAAAAAAUGUCAAUAUAUUUCACGAGCUACCUUUUGCUCCAGGCAGAGGAUGGAAUAGAUUUUCUACCUGUUUUCAAGUGACUUAUAAGAGUUUUUCUUACGUGAUUGAAGCCAAUUGAAUCGCCGCUAGUGAUAGUGCAAUUGAAAAGUUUAGAUAAAACCUUGUGAGUCGGUGUUUAACGAAUCUACCCUACUAGAUGCAAUCAAAUCUAUAUUCGGAAGAUCCAUUGUUCAACUAUUGGAAUGAAUUUGACGGGGGGCCUACAAACUAUCCCCCACCACUGCAACCACCUCAUCAUCCUCCCCCUCCGCCAAUGAUGGGACCGCAGUUCGAUAACGGUAGUUAUAAUUUCGUUCCUCCGCUGGCCGGCAUACCGAUGCCCAUGGGACCGAUGAUUCCAGGGCCAUGUCCUCCGAACCCCUCCAUGAUGGGACCAAUUCACAGAGGAUAUCCUCGAUAUACUUCACCGCUGGCAGCGCUUCAAGCAAUACCGCCUCCGAUGGCACAACCACAACCACCUCCUCCCAUCAUACCAUCCACUCACCACUUCAACUUUCAACCACAGCCACCUCAACAACCACCGUUCCCAGUAGGAAUGCCGCCAGUGCCAGUACCAGUACCGGUCAACCUGGAACCCGUCGUUGAACGACCAGUAGUGAACGACGCAGCUGCGCCAGCAGAGGAAGUGGUGGUAAAAAAUGGUCAAGUGUUUCACAUCAGCUACAUAGACGACCCUGCAGAACCUCCAGCGAGCAAUCCAACGCCUGCGAGCGAAGACGCAGACAACGAUGAAGAACGUGAUUGGAUCAAUUAUGACGAAUUACCUUUGUUGAAGCAUGUCUCUGGAAGUGAGGUCGAAGAUGGUGUGUUCAAAUGUGGGAUUUGCGCAAAAGAGCUUAAAUCUGCUCUGAAUUUAUACGUACACGAACAAACGCACAAAACUACACGAUUGGACUGCAAAACAUGUGGCAAACGAUUCAACCGCAUUGGCAAACUGGAACAUCACAUGCGGCGGCAUCAUUCCGAUCCAACACCGGAGAAAAAUGCCUCCCCGAACAGCUCAUCCAGCACACCCAUUCUGACCAAUUUCAACCACUACUGUGUCGAGUGCGAAGAAUUUUUCCCCAGCCAGGAAGAUUUCGAAACCCACAUGGAGCGAACCCAUCGGUUGGUGGACGACGCCAAUUGCCCAAAAGGAGGAUUGAAAAAAUCCAUCGGUUGUCCUUACUGCGAGGAAACGUUCGAGUGGCCCUGUUUGCUCAAGACUCACAUGACCAAGCACACGGGCGAGAAGCCAUUCAUCUGCGAACGGUGCAACGUUUCGUUCCGAUUCGUUCAAAGCUUCUACCGGCACAAUCGCCGGGUGCAUGGAAUAGAUGCUGGUCCAAAGUAGAACGCCGAGGACAACGUUAGAACUAGAUAAACAUCGGAAAAUCUGGCCGCUACAUUAUAAUAGCAUUCGACAGCAUACUAUGCACUAACCCAUAGAGAAUUGGAUGAGAUUAUCAACGAGGACGAGAUCGGAGACAAACCUACCCCUCAAGUAACAUUAGAGAUUUGACAGUGAAAUUGAAGUAUGAUAUUACUAAGCUGUACCACUCACACACAAAAAAAAACUCGUAACGAACGCUACAAAAAUCAAAACAUAAAAGAGUUUGGAAAUACGUAAAAUUGUUAUUCCCCAGUAAACAUUAUCUUCCACCCAAAAGCAAAAAUAAUUUGGUUUCGACCAGGCAACUACACACAGUCUUGCCAUCAUCGCUUCCUAAAUCAUUCACCCAGAUAGAAGUUACUUAAGCAUACGUAGUUUUAAGAUCGAACAGCAUGUAAUACUUCAAAGUUUUACUUGACAUUGUAAUUCGCACUCGACGUUCUGUGUUACUGUUGUAUACCUAUUUGUUUAUCAAGAAAGACCUGCAAGUUGUUUAAGUUUUCUCUAAAAGAACACUCUGUUAUUUUAGUCAUCAUAUCUUAAACUGUCUGUGAAACUGUUUAUUUGCAAUCCCAAGCCGGUGGGUUUGAUUUGUUACCAUCCGAUUAGUGCAGUGCAUUGUGUUUGUAGUAUUAGCGCAGUAAGUUAAACAGUUAGGCUUUUAUUUAUUUCUUUCAUUUAAAAUGGGUCAUCUUCUGAAGUUGAGCUACAAACGUUCUUCCUUUGGUUAUAGAAAACAUCAUCUUCAAACGAACAUUUCAUUUUCAUUCUUGCUAAUAAAGUAAACGUAAGUAAAUAAGUA